UAAUAUAAAUUAUGUCUUUGAAAGUUCAUUUAGAGCAGCCUGACAAGCCAGAGAUUGACCUUAGUGAUCUCUCCGAUGAUGGAAUGGUGGAUAUAUUGGCCAAUGAAGAAGCAAAGGAAGAAGGUUAUAUAAAUUUCAGAUAUAAUUUCCUGGAAGUUAUGACUGAUAAGAAAGGAAAGGUGCAUAAAGCAGUACACUUCCCACUGUGGCAAUAUGAUGGUUGAUACAACGGAAAUCUACACUUUGGCCCUGACAGAAUCUCCCAAAGUCUGCUGUUCGAUACUGGAGAUUCGGGCAUAUGGAUAAAACAAGGAUGUUGUAAGAGGAAAGAAGAUAGGAUCAGCGAUCAUGGUAACUUAGAUUACGAUCUAGACAUUGAGGAGAUCCCUGAAAAUCCUACCAGUAAGAGCUAUGUCAACACUACAAUUGUUUACGGAAACCUUACUUCUAAUAAAAUACAUGUUCUCGAGCCAAAUCUUUAUCAAAUAGAAAAGAUGGAUGCUGAAGUGCCAUCAAAAAUAUCUAUUAAUCUUAACAUGAGCUUCUCUCUAAUCCACUCUAUAAAAUAAAGAAGACACUGAAAUAAUAGUUGGUGAUGGGCUCCUUGGUCUCGGCGAUUUCGAUGACGACAAGCAUCACCGAUUCCUUAAUGAACUUCAAAGGAAAUACUUCAAAAAUCGGCAUGUUAAGAUGGUAUUCCACCUCUCUCCAGAUUAUGAUGAAAACUCAUGGGUGAAAAUAGGUGAUUUGACUCAGAAUUAUCCUAACAUAUUUUAUAUCGACCUUCUCAGAGAGUAUAAGUACUGCAAAUAUGGCGAGAAAGAAUGGAAGACUGAUCCUCCAUCUAUAAUUAUAAAUUAUGAAAGGAUUGCCCUCUAUUCCAACAGUUGACUCUGGGACACAGGAGAUUUCCUUAUUCGAAUGAAAGAAGAAGACUUUGACACAGUCAUAAAAGCCUUAGCCAAUGGAAGAAAAAUUAUAUCUUUUCAUAAUGGGAUGAAAGGAUUUGAGUGAGACUCUUUGGAUGAAAUCGAUCCUAUUACUCUCCAAUUUGGUCAUUGUUUUAUUAAGCUAGAGCCAGAAGAGUUUGCGAUCUUAGGACAUAGAUUCUGAAUAAUACAAAUAAUACCCCGGAAGAGCUGCUACAUUACCCUUGGGACCUGAGUAAUGAAGGGCAGGAUUACCAUUUUUGAUCUCCAAAACAGCAGGAUUGGGAUACAAUGUGACAAAUCGUUCUAA